AUGGAUACGAGCGAGACUACCAUGGCCUGCAUCAGUAUCAGCAAUGAUGUUAUCAGCAAGAUGCGAUCCGAGAAUUGGCUAAGGAAGAUGAUAGAAGCUGGAGUCAUAAGCGAAGCGAUCCUACCAUCUUCUGCUUCCUUCCCCUUCCCCUCACCUGCUGUGAUUGUGCCUGCUCCUCGUCAAACUCAGGAUACAAACCCUUUACCUGGAGAUGCUGCAACUGGAGUUGACAUUGAUGCUCAGCUUCCAUCCACGGACCUUGUGAUGUCCACAAAGAACGAUAUUCCUCAGAAUGACGGAUCUGGUGAUGGAGAUGAUGCUGACAUAAAGCCAAACACUAAUGCUCCUUAUGAUGAAGAUGAUGAGGAUCUGAACGAGAAUGAUGAUGUUGAGGAAGAAGGUGGUACCGAUGAUGAUCACAUUCCGUAUUUGAUCAUCUGUCAGUUUGAUAAUGUGAAGAAGAAGAGGGGUACGAACAAAUGGGACUGCAAAUUUAGAGCUGGAGUUAUGCAGAUCAACACAAAGAAGUUUUUUUCUCUGAGGCUAAAGGAGAUUUCAACUUCUAACAGAAGCCUUAUAUGA